AUGGCUCAAGAGAAUGAUCUCCUGUAUGAAGAUUACUUCCCGUCAAUGGUGGUAAGCAUGGGUGCUGAUCGAUUUAUUGCAGAGCUCUGCUACGGAUUCUAUCUGCUAAUGGAUCAUGCAAAGGGUCUCAUCACAUUCGAGAGCCUGAAGAGAAACACUUAUCUUUUGGGAGUACAAGACUUGGGAGACGAAGAGCUCUUUUGUAUGUUAAAAGAAGGAGAUCUGGAUGGUGAUGGAGCACUGAAUCAAAAGGAGUUUUGUUUUCUCAUGUGCACACUAACUUUGGGUUUGAUGAACAACUCAAGAAGCUUACUGCAACAAACCAUUUGA